GGCUUUUAACCAUCUUGUAAGUAACCGGUGUUUUUACUUUGCAAAUGUGGGUAUUGUUUAAAUUCGGAUUAACAGAAUUAAAAUGAAUUUUCAGCAACAUGUGGCGUGUUUUAUUAAACUUUUGGAUAAUAAUCACAUAACCGAGUUUAACAAGCGCGAUGUUUGUGGGGCUCUUUGCGACAAAUUUCACUUGAUUAUAAUUUUCCAGUAUUUUAUGAGAGCAGAUUUCAAAGAGGAAGACUAUACACCAGAGAACUUUUUUCUAGCUUUGACUUUGAGUCACGACAUAUAUGAAGACACGACAGUUCUGAAAACAAUAAUUAUGGGUUUUUACUAUUCUAGAAAGCAGUUUGUUGCGAACAAAUUAAUUUUUCAGUGGAACAAACUUGUUUUAUUUGGGAGAAUGAAGUAUAAGGGGUAUGUGGAGAAGAAAAUAUGUAACAAUUUGAUUGAUCUAGUUCCACAUAAAAUUAUGGCAAAAACCAGAAGAGAACUCCAUACAGGUUUCCUUAAUAAUUUGUUGUUGUGUGACAAAUGCAGAUGUCCAGUAAAUACUUUACACGCAGUAAAAUUGCAAAAAUAUAGAACUGACACAGAGGAGACAAAUUCAAAAGAAUGCAAAAAGAAAAAAUGUAAAAGUGUUACAACUUUAAUAUGAAUAUGUUAUUGUGACCUUCAACCGAAAAGUGUUCUCAGUGUUCAAACUCUAGUUUUUAGGUGUUCGUGUUCAUGAUUUAGUUUUAAUAAUUUUUUUAGAUAUAUUUCAUAUAUUCAUAACUUAUUUAGUAUGAUGGCGAAAUUUUCUGAAAUUUAGAAGCAUCAUGUUGGAAACAUUAUAAAUUAAUUUAUGAUCAAUGCUGCCAUACCAAAUAUUAGGUAUUCAGCUAUAUAUUUGGCAAAUCCGCUAUUUGCUGCAUCUCUACAAUAAAGAGCAACACACUGGCACAAAAAUUUGUUUUGAAUAUUCCGCGGUGCGCAAAAAAACGUCCUCUAGUUGGGUUGGAAAUGACAUUCCUCAUAUAAUUUUACAUAUAAAAUGACAGCGAUCUUCAUAACCAUUUUUUUUUGAUGGUAUAUUUGGUAUGGUUUGGUUUGGGUUGUAUAUGGUCGUACUGAAUUCUUCGCGUGAGUGCAUUUCCUUAAAAUGUACGAAAUACGGAUGCCUAAAAACUAUUUUUAGAAUAUGAAAAAUCAAUAAAAAAUAAGUUAUUUUUUCUUAAAGUUGUUAAAAAUGAGACUAAAUUUUAUUUCAGCUUAUUGUUAUUUUGUUAAAAAUAA